ACAAUGUCUGUUUUUCUGUUACUUGUGGUUAUGGGUUGAGUUUUACUGACAUUUUCAUUGAUUAGAUAUCUGUAGGGUAUGUUCGCUUCAGUGGCAUUUUCUAUUCCAACAAAGCCUAUUGAAAUUAAUUGAGUGUGACAAAAAUCACUAAUUAGCCAACAAUCUAUUUCAGUCUUUACAGAUUUACAUUUAACUUCCGUAUUGUCAGCCAACCACCAACAGGAAAUACACCCAAUACUUUCGACACCAAUAGAUAAAACUGCCUGUCAUUCAUUUUACUGGAAACAGUUUAAGAAAUGUUCUGCUUAGUUCACUUCUAUUUUUAUUCUUGGACCUGUAGCAUCUCUUUUUAGCCACUAAUUUCAGCGCAAAUUAUUUAGUUAACUUCCAAGUUUAUUUUGGACCAGAUGAGAUCAUUGACUUGGAUUGAGGUGAUCCUCAUUAUGUCUCAGGCAUCAGGCGCUAAUGAGAAUAUUGCCAAAUGGAUGGCUAAUUACCCCCCAGAUAUUCCCGCCAAAAAGGGUGAAAAUGUGAUCAUUCCAUGCAAUGUUACCUACCCCCCGGCACGAUCUACAGAUUCUAUCCAGGCCUACUGGAAAAAAAUGGGACCAACUGAAAUAAACAUCAAUGAUAAGGACAAGAAGGAAUUUCUCUUUCAUCCCAACAAGACCAUGGUCAUCAAAAGUUUCCAGGGAAGGACCACAUUAAUUGGGGAUAUCAGUAAGGGAAACUGCUCUCUGAAGAUAGAAAAAAUAGAAAAUGGGGAUAUGGGAAGGUUCUACUUACGAAUUACCAAUGGAUUCGACCACUACAGUUUCUAUAAAGCACUGGUCAAAAUACAUGAAGCAGGAUCCAACCAGAGUUUUCAAAACGGUUCAAAUUAUACAGUUUCCACAGUUCCAAUCCCACUAGUCACCGCAGAAGAGCAUGAGAAAUACCCACCUACAUCCGGAACAAUAUUUGUUGUCACCAUUGUCCCAGGGGUGGUAGUUCUGCUAGUGGCUGUAUUCGGGUGUGUUUGGUUCUUAAGAUACAAGAAAAGGUCCAGGUUGGUCACUGAGCAAGAGUCUGGAUAUUAUGCCAAUUUUACCACGACAACUCCAACACCCAAAACUGAAAUAAUCAAAACCACAAAGAAAAAAGAUGUUCCUCCUCCAGGAGGUUUUGAGCCCAUCUAUAUCAAUGUUCAGAGACCAAACGAUGCUUUGGAGAGCACGGAUGAAAUGAAGAGUGUGUAUGAAAAUGUGAAUUGUUCAAAACAAUAAUGGCUGUUCAUAGGGAUCAACACUACUAAACAAAAUGUAUUGUGAAUGUGAGUGUAUGAUGAUAAGUGAAAAAAGCUAUUUUUUAUUAUACAUAAGCUCAUACAGUAUAUUACAGUACUUACUGGAAGUAUUGGCUUUUUAAAUAAACAUCCUU